GUUGUGCGGCUGGGCUUAGCCGAUUCCUACGAGUAUAGGCAUAUAUAUAGUAGCGCCAGAAGUCGUGCUCGCGCAUUCGAGCCUCAAACACCUGCGGCCCACGUCUAACAGUCGAGCUAACGGUAACCGAACGAAAAAUCGAACGAAAUCGAUAACCACGAUCACUUCCGGUGCGUGUGUGUGCAAUUCGAAUGGUGGUUCCUUUAAAUUAGUCGCUUGUAAAAAAAGCAUAACAACUGCAAAACGCUGAAGCCCUUUCUCUUUCGCACCCAUAUCUUACGCACCCACGAAGCCGCAGUAGCAGCAUCAAAUAAAAAAAAUACAAAAUAAAUAAAUAAAAAAAAAUCAGCAGUAACAGCAGCAGCAAGCUCUGCUAAUUUUAAACGACAAGUGGACAAAUGGCAACCUCGGAGUGGAUGUGACAGUGGAUGCAUAUUAUGCAACUGCAGCCAGACAAAGAAGCUAUAGACAGAGAUUGGCUAGAGAAGAAGAGUGCCGGAGAGGGGUGCCCAGAUAGACAAGUAAUUAUCAGUGCCAGAUUAUUAUCACCGAAGCGGCGAUGCAGCGACGGUGACGGUUCCGGAGGAGAGGACCAGUAAGUGCGCUCUCUCCGACUACGGAAUGCAUUGCGCUACCUGACUACGGGUAUUCCAAAACCAGCCGAGCAACCAGCAGGAGCGGUCCCCGCCAGAAAAUCAGCCGCUUAUCCAGACAGGCGCAAUAUCCGAAGCGCCAAUUAGGAGGCAAUUAAACAGAUUAGCCCUGAGCUCCGAGUUCGGAUAGACCCGGGUCCCCUAGCUUAUAGCCAAACCAAAAAUAAUUAAAAAUGUUGGCCACGGACAAGGGCACCCAGGCCAGCCCCACGCCGAUCAUCGUGAGCACCAGCGCCAGGUCGCAGAAAUCUCAUUGCCAUGGUCCGGCGGGUGCGGACCAGCAGCUCCUGCAGCAUCCAGCCCACCACCAUCCGCACUUGCACACCGCCUCCCAUUCCAGCCACCUGCCCCAUCAUCAUCCACACGGACAUGGUACUGCCUGCGAGAAGCGCCUGGAGGCGGAGACGCCCCGGAAGAACCUCCACGAACUGCUGCUCGAGUUCCUGGACAUUAUGCUCUCCUGUCUGGUGGUGGCGCCCUGUGUGAUCGCCUACUGGCGUGGCACUUGGGAGCUGAUGGGCGUGUAUCUCUUUCCCAAGAGCCUGCCCCUCUCCGCGAUGGCUAGUUUCCUCAUCGGCGGACUCGGCCACUUUAUCUUUACCGUAACACAGAAUUUCUUCAAGGACUACAUCCAUCCGGACAGGCGGCGACUCACCUACUACAUAGUCUCGCGGCUCUAUACGGCCGUAUUCGGUAUAGUCUGCGUGAACAUGUGGCGUGGGGCGUGGCUGCUCUGCGACUGGCUAACCAGUGUGGACUCUCUGAUUAUCGUUUCUGUGGUAACGACGAUAGCCCUCAUCUUCCUGUUGGCCACGCGCACGCUAAGGAACCUGGGAGCUGCCCCAUACACGGUGACCAUGGACCACAAGACCGACUAUUUUGAGGUGGACACCAUGUUCAAAAUACCCGGUUUUCAUCAACCUGGCCUGUAUGUUCUGGACACCCUCUUUUCGGUCUUUGUCAUUGGAAGUCUAGUGGUCAUUGCCUGGCGCGGAGUCUGGGGCAUCUUUGAUCUGCUCCUGUUUCCCAGAGACCGAGCAAAGUCUGCCUGGGGUUCACUGAUGAUUGGUUACCUGACGGUAUUCGUGACCUUCCUCAUCCACCCCCUGAUGCGUUAUGUAUGCCGGCGGAUAAGCGGCAUCCUCAAACUAAUUAUUUGCGACAUUUACUAUUUAAUGACCUUCUUUGGCGCCGUGAAUGCCUGGCGAGGCAUAUGGAACUUGUUGGAUGUGUACCUGUACCCAGACGACAGGCUUAUGAGUUUCUGGUUAACGCACAUCAUUCCUUUCCUGCUUCUGGCCGCCAUCAAGUGCUCCAACUCCAUCCUGGUACGGGGCGUAUUCAUCGAUGGCGAGGGAGUUGGCGCCGAUAGCGUCGAUAUACCCAUCAACUAUGUGAGGCUGCACUUCCUCCGCGAGCGGCAAAAGAAAAACGCCCACCAACUAUCCCCCACGAAGCCAUCGCCGCCGCACUAUUAUUUGAAGCCGGAGCACGCCUCGCUCGGCUUGGCUACGGAAAAGGACAAGGAGGCCCACAGCAGCCUCAUCGAGAAGCCCCACCCACCCGUACAGAUGGUCUAAGAGGUCUAAGAUCCGGGCUCUUUGUUAAACUCGUGUUUAUGCCUAGUUGUUAAAAUAGAUUUAAUCGCCUAAGCUUAAUCUUACCGAGCUUACUUAAGAGUCAGAUAUUUAGUGGUAACCGCUAGUUGUAGUCCCACAUCCUGAUCCCGAUGAAACCACUUCCUAGACCUGUACAGAAAUCCAAGAACGACGUCUCUAGACAGUAAGCAUAAUUGCAUUUUAAACAGCAGGUUGACGAACCAAAUUUUGGCCUGGUGACGAAAGCACCCCUACCUACUCAACUAAUUAAGUGAUAACGAUGCGACUACAAGUUUUAAUAUUGUACAUUGGUAAUUUCAUAUAAAAAUAGCCAGAAUG